UUCAUUCUCUGUCGGCUCGGGAUUGGUCAAUCAGAGCUGAAACUCCACCCAUCUCUUUCCAAAUCCCUCUCCCGUGUCCGUCCCUUGACUCUGCUUCUUUAUGUCCCCGGUGCAGGGACGGCGACGGGGAAAGGGGAAAAAAAAGAGGCUACGAUUGAGGUACUUUUAACGUCCCUGGCAUUAAGAGCUCCGCCGUUGGCUGCGGUGGUAAAAGAGAGUUUCAGAACUCUUGUUUUCUCCUCGGCAAGUUUUCUUCGGUGGAAAAAAAGACUUAGAAAACUCAGAAAGGCGAGAGUCUUGUGUGGUUUCCCCUCCACCCCCGAGGACAGGAUGCUCCGUAGCAACAAUCCAGGCUCGUGAUAUGAGAUGUGAGACUCCUACUGUGACCCUUCUUACUUGCUGCUCCAUGGUUUUGCUGGUUUUUGAAAAAGAAAUUGAGAAAGAGAGAUGGUGGAAGACGAAUCAGCUCAAUAAUAUUGAUUUUCCAGCUUUGCAUACAUUGAGUCAAACAAAUGCAAACACUGUUUUAAUGACCAUUGCUGUUCAAAAAGAGAGACUGGGAUUCCCUAUGCUCAUCCAGACCUGUAAGAAGCAAAUCAGAUAAAUAGCUAUAUGAAAACUGUGAAGGGUCACUAUCAAAUUGGACUGGGGAGAACAGUGCAAAUUAGACAACAUUGUCCUGGAAGAAACCCAGAAGUUCCGUGACAGGCCUAUUUUUUAUUCUUUGUUAAAUAGUAUAGAAGAAAGAAGAACAGUGAAAAAAAAAACAUAAGCAAUGGGGGGUGCAGGUGUGUGAGACCAUCCUUAAGUCAUAUCCGUAUACUUCCAGAUUAUCAUCAACCUUUUCUGAAGGACACAUUAAAUUUCUGGGUCAGGUUUUUGCCAACUGGCUAGGAAAUGAGUCUUGGAAAGCUACCCGUGAUUGGCUGGGUGUCUGGCUCACACAGCAAACGUCGAUUCAAAACAGAGUUGACCCCAGAGAUGAUCAGCCCACCACUGGGGGAUUUUCGUCACACCAUGCAUGUAGGGCGUGGUGGUGACGCCUUUGGAGACACUUCUUUCCUUAGGAACCAUGGUGGAGAGGAAGUCAAACCCCACAAUUUCUUUGCUCGUACACUGUGGCAUGUGAGAAGGAGCCCGCUAAGGAACCGGGGAAGCCGAAACAAGGAUCAGGGUUCAUCUGCUCCUCCCGCCAUCUCACCCAUCAUCAAAAAUGCUGUGUCACUGCCUCAGCUCAAUCAGACUCACUACGAGACUGAUGAUCUUGGUAUAGCAUUUGCCUUCAAGAAACCCCCAACAAGCUUCUCUGACUAUGGAUUAGAAUCUGGAUUCUGCACCAUUCCACGUGUUCCCCGGUCCGAGAAGGCUCCCGAGAGCUCCCGUCCUGCUGAGUCAGCAUUGCAACGUUCAGAUUCCUUGCUGUCUUUCCGCCUGGACCUUGGCCCUUCUCUAAUGAGCGAACUUCUUCAUGUCAUCAGCUUCUCAGGAAGCAACAGCUUUGACUGCAGGGAAAAGACAGACUGUGAAGAAAGUAAACCCCCAAGCAGCAGUGAGCCUCACUCAUCCCUUCACGUCAAGAGCUGGUCAGAGGGCUCACUACUUGGGAAGUCAGAAUCUCAUCAUGGUAAUGGUGAAGAAAGCCAAAAUGCAUCAAGCCUUUUGGAUUACUCUGAGCCUGGAUCACCCUUGGGACAUUUGGUCUAUGCCAAUGGAGAUUCUCAUUCUAUAGAGUUGUCUGAGGAAGGAUCUCCCUGUUUGAGAAGCAGGAGUUCUAGUUCUGAACUAGGGGCAGUGCCAAAAGAGACCUAUUGGCAAAAAGGACACCACAGUGACUGUAACACGGAAGCAAGAGAAUUCAACCAUGCUGCCCAUGUCUUAGCAUGCCAUUAUGAGGCAGGAAGCAGCUACUGCAGCCCAUCUCCACAAGAUCAUCCAAAGAGACAAACCACAUGGGAAAGCCCAAUUACCAACUCAUGGCACUUGAAAGUAGGUGCACCUGAGCAACAGGAAUAUUCUACUGGGUGGCAACAAAUAAGGGAAGAGGAGGAGGAGGAGGAGGAGGAAGAGGAGGAGGACCACGACAAGUUUGACAGUGAUGAAGAAGCCAUUGUUACAGAGAGAUACAAUGAUUCCUUUGAAUAUGUUGAUGAAGAGGAUGAAGAUGAAGUUAAGGUUUGAACAGACGUAUAUGCUCUCUUGUGGCCUCCCAUCAGCCUCUUAGGAGAUAUCAGAGCAAAAUGAAACAAUAUAAAGCUAUCUGGCAUUCUGGAUAUGUUCAGAUUCACAAGAUUAGCCUUCUUUUCAGGUGAUCUGCUAUAUGUCAAUGCUUCCUAAACUGGUGUUUCCAGUCUGAAAACCAAUUUGAAUUCCCAUAGAGUGAUAGUUUUACCACACUUACGGAAUGCCAGGCUAGGAAAGGCAGAUGGAGGACGGAACUCAUUUCUCUACCAUGGUCUCUCUCCUCCCUGCUUUGUGUAUUUAAAAAAAGAAAUAGAAAAAAGGAACAAUUUAUAGCAAACAAAAAGUAUUAGUUGCUCUUUUGUGGUAACUGGCAGUUAAAGUUGCUUAUGACUUCAUAUGCUCCUUCAUUCCCACUGGCUGAUUGAUUUCAUCAUGACAAGUGAUGCCAUGAUUUUUCCAUUCCCUAGAAAUAAAAACAUUUAUACUUAAGGAUAGAGACCCUUUCAAAUAACUAUUGGGAAAAAUGCCACUUAAAAAAAGAACAGUCUAGAAAAGGGAAGAGUAACCGUACAUCCAUUGGGACAAUAUUCUAACUGUCUUGUGCUAAAAAUGAAGACCAACUCAACUGUUUUUCCAAAGCAAGAUACUGAGACACCAGCUAGGCAGGAUGGUUCCUCUCCUCUUUUUACCAGAAACACAAAAUUUGGAUUGGAUCUGAAACCAGUUCAUCAGCACACUGUUCAUUUUUCUUGCACCAGAACUCUGAUUGAGAUAGGAUUAUUUGUUUAUUAUGCACCCUCAGAAGGAAAUGUAAUCCUAGUCUUCCAUUGUUAUCAUUCCAGGGGAAUCUAUAUGUCAAGCUUGUUGUUUUAUAUACUUCUAGAGAGUGUACAGAAUUCAAUGUAUGUUAAGGAUCUGACACGGAGGGCUGAAAUAUAACUUUGCAUCUUGUAUGUCCUAUUUCAGGCAUUGGCAAUGCAAAAUCCUAAAUAACAGUUUGUUUCUAGCACUUACAGCUUUGCAUAGCUACUGCAGCAGCUUAUCUACAAUGUAUGUUCAGGAACAAAGGUAAAAUCAGAGAAUCUGAAACAGGACUGCUUUUCAUGCUUCCAUGCCCCCCCCAGCCCCAAAAAGAGGACAGUUUACAUGUUGUGUUUGGAAGCCUUCCAGGUGGCCCCUGAAUUUGCUGUUACUGCCAUAUAUAAAGCUGUUGCUUAGCCAAGAAAGCGGCUGAAUACAGCACAAUCCCUGUAUUAAUUCCACUUUACAAUUAUAAUAUAUAGUGUGGCUUAAACAGGGAGGAUGGCAUGCAUAAAGUCAUCCUUGUGCA